AUGUCAUUGAAUCAGAAACAAGGGAAGGGUGCUGUUACGCACUCGGGCGGCAUGCGCGCAGAAGCCAAAAAGACCAAGGUUGUGUUCAAGAACGUACUCGAUACGCCUUUUAAUAUUCCAUGGCCUGAGGUGACAAGCGAGGACAAUACGAUUGUUCUGGAUGUUCUUUGCGAUCUCUUGAAGCCGAUCCGCGAGCUCCACAAUACCCACCAUAAUAGGAGCUCGAUCAAACCAAAGCAGGAAAAAUCAGGGAAGGCAUCUAAAAAGGCAUCGAGCGACAGUAAUAGCACAGCAUCAUCAGGGCCAAAUCCCGCAUUAGCCUCCAUGAAUGAAGAAACACCAAAGUCAUCAUCAGCGCCCCAGUCACUACCACCACCUGAAAUAUUGAGAUCCACCGUUAUCGGAAUUAAUGCCAUAACCAAGGCUCUGGAACGGUCUAUCGACAACAUAUCAUCACACCCUGCACCCAGCGCUAUCUUCAUUUGCAAGGGCGAUCUGGUACCAGCACAUCUGUAUUCACAUCUGGGUCCCAUGGUCGCCAUGCUUCCAGGAACAGUGCUUUUCCCGUUUUUGAGAGGUUCAGAAAGGAAAUUGAGCGAGGCACUAGGAAUGCCUGCGGUUGGCGCGGUGGCGAUUAAGGCAGGAUCUAAGGAAGCAGAGGGUCUGAUCAUGAUCCUCGGACGGAUAGUUGAGCCUAUCAUGGUAUCAUGGUUGCCCAAGGUCACGUCCCCGGUAGCGAAACAGCCGAAAAAGGCAAAGUCGUCAGCGGGAGCAAAGGUGGUGGCUGCAGAAUCGAGUCAGGCAGUAACGACAUCGACAGCAACAUCGGCAGCAAUCGCAAAUUCGACCUUAGCUUCAUUGACAACAGCAGAAACCCCUGUGGUUUUGACAACGUCUACGUCAGUUAUUUCCGAGACGACAACGACAACGACAGCGACAACGAUGGCAGCAACGGCGGGUACGACCCCAAGGACACAAAAGAGUUCUGUGGACUGGAUUGCGACGAAUAUCAAAUCGAUCAAGACAACCAUGCCAAUCGUUGUGAAGACACCAAAGCCGGCAGUGGCUCCUACUGGUGGCAAGGGUCAAAAUAGCAGUGGCGGAAAAGGAAAGAACCCGCAGCAGCAACAGCAGCAACAGCAGCAGUUGAAUCAAGCAAAGGGCAAGAGACCUGCUUUGGACGGUGGAGCUCAGGGUCGAGGCAAGGGCAAGAGGCCUAGGACCGACUGA